AUGUUGUCUGGUAGAUUCAAUUAAAAAAAAUGCUGGCUUCCCAGAUGCAGCUGCUUCUUCCAUCUCCUUUUUGCAACCAAACCUAUUUCUUCUCCUCCUCCUGUAGUCGGCCGUCUCUCAGGACCACAGUUACCACUUUCCCUUCUUAUCGCCUUCGAGUGUCUAAUAGUGUCAAUAGCAGCAGCAGCAGUAGCAGAAGUUCAGUCAAGGAGGAACCCAUCGAAGACGAAAAGCAGAAGCAAGAUCAACCGAGAAGGGCGUACCCGUUUCACGAAAUUGAACCGCAUUGGCAGCGUUACUGGGAGGAGAAUCACACUUUUAUAACUCCUGAUGAAAUUGAUUUCUCGAAACCCAAAUUCUACAUCCUCGAUAUGUUCCCUUAUCCAAGCGGGGCUGGACUGCAUGUUGGUCAUCCCUUAGGAUAUACUGCAACGGACAUUCUUGCAAGAUAUAAACGUAUGCAAGGUUUUAAUGUGUUGCAUCCAAUGGGAUGGGAUGCGUUUGGAUUGCCUGCAGAGCAAUAUGCAAUCGAGACGGGAACCCAUCCAAAAGUCACAACCAUGAAGAACAUUGGACGCUUCCGUUCCCAGCUUAAAUCAUUAGGUUUCUCAUAUGAUUGGGAGCGUGAAAUUUCUACAACUGAACCAGAAUAUUAUAAAUGGACACAAUGGAUCUUUCUCCAGCUUUUCAAGAAAGGACUGGCUUAUCAGGCUGAAGUACCAGUCAACUGGUGUCCUGCUCUUGGCACUGUUUUGGCAAAUGAGGAGGUGGUGAAUGGAGUCAGUGAGCGUGGUGGUCACCCAGUUAUAAGAAAGCCAAUGCGGCAAUGGAUGCUCAAGAUUACUGCUUAUGCUGAUCGUCUUCUUAAAGAUUUGGAUGAUCUUGACUGGCCUGAAAACGUGAAGGAAAUGCAGCGUAACUGGAUAGGGAGGUCAGAAGGGGCUGAGAUCUACUUCUGUGUACUUGAUAAUGAUGGACAUGAGCAAGACAUAAAGCUGACUGUUUAUACAACCAGGCCGGAUACUAUCUUUGGGGCAACAUAUCUAGUUGUGGCACCUGAACAUGUUCUAUUGUCGUCAUUGAUAACUGCUGACCAAAGGAAAAGUGUCGAGGAAUACAAAGAGCUUGCAUCAAGAAAGAGUGAUUUUGAGAGGACCGAGCUUCAGAAGGAAAAAACUGGGGUCUUUAGCGGUUCUUAUGCUAGGAAUCCAGCUAAUGGUGAAGCAAUUCCAAUAUGGGUGGCAGAUUACGUUUUGGGAAGCUAUGGUACUGGGGCAAUAAUGGCUGUACCCGCACAUGAUUCUCGAGACCAUGAGUUUGCUUUGAAAUAUGACAUUCAAGUUCGUCAAGUUGUGAUCCCAGAGGAUGAAAGUCAAAGUAAUUCUGUGAAAUCUUAUUCAGGAGAAGGUCUUCUAGUUAACUCAUCAAAUUUGGUAUCUGGUCUUAAUAUCAACGGCUUGCGUAUCAUGGAAGCAGCUUCCAAAGUUAUUGAUUGGGCCGAGAGUACUGGACAUGGGAAAAGUAAGGUGAACUUCAAAUUGAGAGACUGGCUUUUUGCUCGACAACGUUAUUGGGGGGAGCCAUUUCCUGUUAUUUUCUUGAAUGGUACUGGUGAAAUUGUCCCACUUCCUGAAAGUGACCUGCCUAUUUCCCUACCUGAGUUGGAUGAUUUCACUCCCACUGGAACAGGGGAACCACCACUAGCAAAAGCUGUAUCUUGGGUUAAAACCACAGAUCCUAUCUCAGGAAAACCUGCGACACGAGAAACAAACACCAUGCCACAGUGGGCUGGUUCUUGCUGGUACUAUUUGAGAUUUAUGGACCCGAAAAAUUCUGUAGCAUUGGUUGAUAAGAGAAAAGAAAUGUAUUGGGGCCCUGUUGACGUUUAUGUUGGUGGUGCGGAACAUUCUGUCCUUCAUUUACUUUAUGCUAGAUUCUGGCACAAGGUGCUCUAUGACAUUGGUGUUGUGUCCACCAAAGAACCCUUCCAGUGUCUCAUUAACCAAGGGAUAAUACUUGGAGAAGUUGAGUAUAGGACAUGCAGAGAUUCAGAAGGGAAAUUGGUAUCGGCAGAUUCUGCUGAUGUGCUGGGUGAGCAGCAUCAGGAACGAGUACCUGAGGAAAAGGUCAUGAAGUCUGGUGAUUUCUUUGUUCUGAAGGAUGAUCCAAGCAUUCGGUUAAUUGCACGGGCACAUAAAAUGAGUAAAAGCAGGGGAAAUGUCAUUAAUCCUGAUGAUGUUGUUUCUGAAUAUGGUGCAGAUUCUCUUCGUUUAUAUGAAAUGUUUAUGGGACCAUUUAGGGACUCAAAAACGUGGAGUACCAGUUGUAUUGAAGGUGUCCAUCGAUUUCUGGGGAGGGUUUGGAGGUUAAUUGUUGGUGCACCUUUACCUAAUGGGUCAUUCAAGGAUGGAACAGUGGCUACCAAUGAUGAACCUUCUCUGGAACAACUCCGGUGUCUUCAUAAAUGCAUUGAGAAGGUGACAGAGGAAAUCGAAGGUACUAGAUUCAACACUGGGAUUUCUGCAAUGAUGGAGUUCAUUAAUGCAGCAUAUAAGUGGGAUAAGCAACCAAGGUCAGUUAUCGAAAUGUUCAUUUUGUUGCUUUCACCGUAUGCACCUCAUAUGGCUGAAGAGCUCUGGUUUCGCCUUGGACAUUCAAAUUCGUUGGCCUAUGAGCGUUUCCCUAAGGCCAAUCCUGAGUACUUGAAAGACUCAAAGGUGGUCCUACCAGUUCAGAUCAAUGGCAAGACAAGGGGCACAAUACAGGUUGAAGAGGAAUGUUCGGAAGAGGAUGCUUUCAAGAUAGCAUCAUUGGAUGUGAAGCUCUCCAAGUACUUGAUCGGAAAGACGAUCAAAAAGAGAAUAUAUGUUCCAGGCAAAAUUCUGAAUGUUAUAUUGGACCGGCAAAAUGUUGAGGUAGGCCGCCGAUAGUUUGUAUUCUUUUGGUUUGGGGGUCAGUGUUUUAUAUUCUUCUCAAUUGUUGUGAUUUGAACUAUUGAUUGAUAUAUUAGUUGGUAGCAAAAAAGGAA